GGUGAGGGGGCAGGACUUCCUUGCUGUUGCUAAGACACUCUUGUUUCGCUCCUUGACAACCCUGGCGGGGGUGCGCUCGGUGAGGCCCUGGCUCCGGCCCCCGCGGGAGCAGCACCCCUUGGGGGAGAGACAUUUUCUGCUCCCACUGAGCUGGCAGGGCCUGCCUCCUGAGUCUCCUGGGUUUGUCUUAAUUACCGGUCCCAGCACCUCCUGAAAUCCCCACUCUCUCCUCCGGGUCACAGUGGAAGGAUCAUGGGAGAAACAGAAGGGAAGAAAGAUGAGGCUGAUUAUAAACGGCUGCAGACCUUCCCUCUGGUCAGGCACUCGGACAUGCCAGAGGAGAUGCGAGUGGAGACCAUGGAGCUGUGUGUCACGGCCUGUGAGAAAUUCUCCAACAACAACGAGAGCGCCGCCAAGAUGAUCAAAGAGACCAUGGACAAGAAGUUCGGCUCCUCCUGGCACGUGGUGAUCGGUGAAGGCUUUGGUUUCGAGAUCACACAUGAGCUUCUUGAGGUUGGGGGAGGGCAUGCUGUGUCCUCAGGCUGUGCUGGGUCCCAGGAACUGGAGAGGCUUCUGGCCAGACAGCGAGGCUGCUGGACACCCAGUGCCCAGGAACAACCCCACGCAUCCGGGCCCUGUCUGCUCCCCGUUACGUCGCAAGUGCGGGCUGGGCAAGGUUGGACGGGGCCAUGUGGACACUGAGACACCUUUGGUGGCCUGACUGAGCCACAGUAAUGAAGUUUUCAGUCUCACACGAUGGAAUUCAGUUAAAAAACAAUUUACUUGGCAGCCGUUGAGUGCCAGGCCCCAGGAGUGGGGACACAAAGACGGAAAGGCCACAGGCCCUGCCCUCGGUGAGCUCACAGUCUACUGCAGAGGAACACUUGAACCCAGCUGUUUCAGCUGGACGUGGACAGUGAUAUAAUGAGAGACAGGAUAGGGCAUUGUCGGGGUGGAAGGAGGGCCUCCAGGCCCAGCCUGGGAGUAGUGGGGAGCCUCUGGCAGGGAGAGCCCUGAAAGCUAGCUCUUGAAGGGAAAGCGGAUUUUGCCUGGGGAGGAGGUGCUCCAGGCCAAGGGACAGUGGGAGUAAAUGCAUGGGGGCAGGAGGGACUUGAGGAUGAGGAGCCACGUUGCAGACCCGAGAAGCCCCCUCCACUCAGGGGCUGGCCCCUGAAUCUGAGUCGCAGACCUGACAAUGCCAGGUCUGGACAGAGCUGGGAUCACCUGUCAUUCUCCCCAGCCACCCUCCCCAACGCUCACGGGGAACUCCUGAGAUGGCCCACCCAGCACAUUCAGGCUGGCAGUCCCGGCAUCUGGCCCAGGCACGCCCUCCAGAGGUGGAGGGUCCAUUUGUAAUGGGAUCUGCUGGACUGUACCGCGUCCUUCAGCUAAGCUCUGCUCAAAGACCAGCGCUGCUGAGCAGGGAGAGGAGCACCGUCGGUCCCCUCGUGCACUUCACAAGUGCUGGCUGAGUUGCCGCUGUGCAUGGGGCCCUGAGCUGAGUGCAGUGGGGCAGACGGAAGAACGAAAAGUCAAGGUCACUGCCCCAAGGCUGACCAUCUGGAUCUAACUGUGGAGCGGGUCCUGGCCCUCGGGGACUUGGGGGGGGCACAGGGGGUGGGCAGCUCCUUGACCUUGGGCCUGUGCUGCCCUGAGCCCUGUGCCACGCCAGGUGCUGCUGGAGAGACUGGCGAGGCGUGCAGAUGGAAUGAAAGGAGAGGGGGCGCCAAGGCCUGGAAUAGUUUCGGUUUACUAACUGCCGGCUUUGCAGCUGCUCUCUCCUGUAAUCUGCCACACGUGGGUGCCAAAGAGUGAGGCUGGCUCAGCUCUCAUCCAAGGUGUUGGGGUGGCAGUGGGGAGUGUGGGCCCUGAGGUCCACAGGCCUGGAUUGGGCCCAGCUCCGCUCUCCCCAACCUCUCUGUGCCUCAGUUGCUUUGUCUAUAAAAUGGGAAUAAAAGGCACCAGCC